GUUUACAAACCUGCGCUUACUUACAGUGCUCCAGUAACUAAAACCAGGAAAAGGCGAAAAUUCUUUCCAACCAAUACCAUCCUGCCAGUAUCCAAACCGGUCAGCCUGCCAUCUGAGAACCCGCCUUCCGUGGUGCAGCCUGGUGCCUCGGCGCCCACAAUUCAGCCUGAUGCCUCUACCCAGCCUGAUGCCUCUACCCAGCCUGAUGCCUCUACCCAGCCUGAUGAUCCUAUUAUGCCAGAUGACUCUGUGCCCGCUGUCGUGCCUGGUGACCCAAUGCCCGCUGUUGAGCCAGAUGACUUGGUGCCCGCG